AUGGAGUUCUCGUCAUUGAACACCAAAACUCAUAACCAUGCUCGUUCUAAUAGUUUACCUUCUAAGCCACACCCUAUAAUUCUACAAUGCAAUGGACAUUUAUCAAAAUUGGGGGGUGCUAAUAGUAACUAUGAUGCAAUUUCCUCUUUAACUCUCAUCCACAAACUAAACAUUCUUCAAAAUUUGCAUAUAUGCAUUGAGAAAUUGGUUCAACUACCUCUGACACAAGAAGCACUUGUGAAACAAAGCCAAGAGAAAUGGGUUGAUGAAUUUUUGGAAGGUUCCUUAAGGCUUCUAGACACAUGCACCGCGACAAAAGACGCGUUACUUCACACGAAAGAGUGCGCACGCGAGCUACAAUCGAUUAUAAGAAGAAAGAGAGGAGGUGAAUUAGAGGUUACAAUAGAGGUUAAGAAGUUUUUGACCUCAAGGAAAGUGGUGAGAAAGGCUAUAUUCAAAGCCUUGGAAAUUUUGAAAGGUAAUACAAAUAAAUGUAUUUUAUCUAUUAACAAUAACAAAGAUUAUCAAACUUUGGCAACAGUUAGUUUGUUGAAAGAGGUUGAAAUGAUAACUUUUUCUAUAUUUGAGUCAUUGUUGAAUUUUAUGUGUGGAACACAAACAAAGAGAAGUAGUUGGUCUUUAGUUUCAAAGCUAAUGAAUAGCAAAAGGGUGUCAAAUUCAUCAUCACAAGGUGAGGAUGAGAAUGAGUUUGCAAAAGUGGACAAUGCUUUGGAGUUAUUUGCUUUUAACAUUGGAAGCAAGUUAAGUGAUGUUGAAAAUUUGCAAAAUAAGUUGGUGAGUUUAGGAUCAUGUAUACAAGACUUUGAGGAAGGACUUGAAUCAUUGUUUAGGCGUUUGAUUAAAAUUAGAGUUGCACUUCUCAAUAUCCUUAAUCACUAG